CGAAACUUUAUCAUUUUCACAAAAUUAGCCGGUAUGAAAUGUCUUAUCUCGUUUCCCUUUUUCAUCAUUAUUUGUAUCAUAAUGAAUAUUGUUUCGGUUACUGAAGCAUACAAGGUUGUUAUCCAUAGUUAUAUGAAAUAUGGUACAUUGUGUCGACUUUGGACGGAAGAUGAAUAUGGUAAUUACUUAUCUGGUGAUAAAUCGGAUCGAACAUGCCAUGAAGAUGAUGAUUAUACUUAUUAUACACCGCCAACCACAUUUUAUGUUAUUGCGCAUGUUCCCUUUAGCCUUGAAGAAGAUAAAAAGCGUGGUCCAUACCACAAUGAUAUUUGUCUAACUAUACAAGGAACAUUAAAUGAUUGGGAUUUUUAUGAAGCUUCUACUCCAUGUUAAAUAAUUGUUUUUCAAGAUUCUCCUAUAUUCUUUAUAUUAUAAUAAUUGCAAUUGUAAGCUCAUGAAAUAUUAAAUAGAUGUCCAUAUGAAAUUUGAAAAAGAUUCUGUUAAAUUAGCGUUAUAAGUAGUAUCAGAAACCGG